AUGAUAUCUUUGGCCUUUUGUUUUCCAGGACUAGUCAAAAACAUUGUUGUAUCAGCAGAUGAACGUACAUGGUGUGUUGCUAAGCCAGGAGCUUCAAACAUCGAUCUACAACAUGCUAUUGAUUAUGCUUGUGGUGAAGGAGGUGCAGACUGCGUACCAAUUAAUCCUGGCGGAAGUUGUUUUACACCAGACACUCUCCAAAACCAUGCUUCUUAUGCCUUCAAUAGUUACUACCAGAUGCAUCCAAUACCUGACAGCUGUGUAUUCGGAGGAGCUUCUAUAUUAACAAACAUAAAUCCAAGUAAGAAUACCUUAAAAUAUUUGGUGAAGAUGUGCUACAAAGGAAUUAGAUGA